GCACCAGAGGUGAGUGGAGGAGCCCUCUGAAGUCCAUAGUGCCACACGGGACAGAGCCGACAUCGAGCUGCUGCUCAGGGUGGGGCUUUGAGUCACAUUCAUCCCCAGCAGCCAGGAGGUAGGGUCAGGCACCAGCUCCUUCAGCACAUUGUCUGCGCUGUGGCUCUGCUCCCGCAGCUCCUAGGAGGAAUGGAUGUGAACUUGGUCACAGUUCUGGCCGUUCUGGCAGUCGCGGUUACUCAGACGUCUGAGACUUUGUUUCCUGGGGCAUUUAACUGUUGCACGAAAAUUUCAGAUGAAAUUCCCAAAGCGAUUCUCCGAAGAGUGGAGAGGUUUGAAAUCCAGAAAGCUGAUGGCCUGUGCCACCUAGAAGCUGUUAUUCUCUACAUAGAAGGCAGAAAGUUUUGUGUGAGCCCACGGAUUAGAAAAGCUAAAAAAUGGAUGAAGAAGAAUAAGCACAGGACUCCCAGAAAGAAACUCCAUGGUAGAAAGCAGAGAAGAAUCAGAAUUAUUAAAAGAAGAGGGAAGAAACAAUAACAAGACAAAGCAAGCUCCAUGAUGAAGAUACCUGUGGCAUAUGGCAUUUUGAACAUAGAUACCAGACUUUGUCAAUGAUGGAUGAUUGUAGCAUUAAAAUGACUGUUCAAGUACCUAAGUGCUAGAGAAAACAGUGGCAGAAAACAUCACCUGUACGUAAGAAUAAUGCUGCUCAGAUUACCAGUGAGAUGACAAGAUGUUCCUGACAACGCCUUGUAGCAAGCAUUCCGUGUAUUUAAAUUCAGACCUAAAUCCUCCUCUCUCCCACCCUGUUUUCACGACAAUCUCCCCUGUAAUUUCUAUUUUAACAUGCCAGUAUGCAGUUCCUCCUCAUUGAUCCAUUUUCCCAGUACUGUUCUUGGUCCUUCUUUGUCUGCAAUCACCUUUGUCGCCUGUUUUGUUUCUAUUCUUCCAGUCAUUCUUUUAUUUCUUCUUAAAAUUUUACAGAUAGCUUUCCAGAUACUAGUUUUGUUUAACUGGCCAAAACCGUAUAUCUUUUACCUGUUCCAAACAACCUCUGCUCUUGGCUGUUAAUAUCAUGAAAUAUAAUUUCAGUGAUAAUAACCGAGCUUGUUUAUCGAGCCCAAAGUGUGGCAUCUGGAGCUAUGCAACAAAGAUAAUCUCUACUGACUUUGUUCAUUCAAUUACCUGUUCAAACUUCAGAUGGGUCCUUCCUACCCUCUUUGCUGAAUUUCUAGUAACUAGCAUUGAAAAUUGCACAUAUCUGUCAAAGCCUUUCUUUGUAGACUAAUUGUGAUGCUGGUCUGACUAAUGACUAGUGACUAUGCCACACCAUAACCUCCCACCCACUGCUCUGCACUGCCUUCUCCUGUGUGGCACAGUCCCCAGUUCCCUUGCUCCUUCCUUGGAAAUUUCAAACUAAUUUACUAUUUCCGCAAAACCACCUCAGUCAAAAGCACUUUUCCUCAGAGGCAUACGUGGGAAGCAGUAAAUGAGGGAAAAGAAGGGUUUCAAAAAGAGUGAAUGCCACAGAAUGCAUACCUUAAAUAUUUACUUAGC